UUCCAAAUCAUGGAAGCUGUACUGUUGACGAGCGAUGGAAAUCGGACCCCUGUUCCUCAAGGCCGCUGCACAUGCCACUCAAGUCUGCGAGUAUCUGACUCAAACUCACACUUUGGUGUAUUUGAGGUGCCGUGACAUUGUUUGGUCUGGGCAUAUCCACCUGUUUUCCACGGUUGGCCGGAGGCAUUGCAAUGUCAUGCUCCGACCAUCCAGGCACCCUGAUGAACCCUGGCCGGGCCUAGCCUCGUCAGUCGUCUCACGCCGAGCCCUGAGCCACAACGCUCUUCGCCGCGGCGACACAAAGCAGCACAGCUGGUUGCUGCAGAGAACCGCCUCACGCAACCACGUCAAUGGCAGUUUUCGAAAUCCAGCAGCAGGUGCAAUAGUAAGUGACUCGUCAUUAAUGUCCCUCGCGUGCUCAGUCUUUUCCCGCCAACUUGUCGGCCCUCUCCACCUUCAUCAUUACAUCAGGACAAAAACACAGCAAGCAGGUCAUACUACAAGCUCGCAGGUCGACCGUCGAAUAGACAGCUUCCGAUCUUGGCCUAGCAAUGGCAUGGACAAGUACCGACACCAACGAGCAGAAUUGGCCACGUACAAGGUCCGUUAGUCGCAAGGCAUGGCAGCUGGUCAGUCUUACUGUACGUCUUGCACCUGCGCACAUGGUUGUUGUCCGCUUCGUGACGGACGGCGACUCCCCGGCCACUGCUAGCCAGGGUCCUCAUCCCUCAGAAAAAGAGCCCGAGUAAUGCCGAGAC